AUGUUCUCUGCACGUGUAUUCAAGGGCGAACACGCCCGAUCAGUCUUAUUACUUUUUAUAGCUGCGUUGCUGCUACCUUCAGAGCCAUAUUUCUUUGUUGCUGGUGCCUCAUACUCUCCCUCUGGCGAAAAAUGGGCAGCGGCCGGGUCCUCUAGCACACCUCCUCUCCAGUACCUCACUCAGCGCAUUUUAUUGGGGAAUGUGGAAGAUGGCGUUCCUUCCCUUGGGAGUGGCGUCGCGGCUGCUCCAGGGCAUAUAAGAGAUGGGCUUACAAAGUUCCCGGAUGGCUUCCAUGAGACCUUAGGCCUCGACAACGCCAUGGAUCCGGCGGCACCGACGCCCUCGCCAGAAACUCAGGAGCCACCUGCUUCAGAGAUGAACAUCCAAGCAGACGCGCCAAAGCAGCAGCUUCGCGCUCAGCAACUAGAAGAUGCUGCAGACGCAGAGAGCGGGGAUUGGGAAUGGGCUACCGACGAAGAGUGGGAAGAGGCAGAAGGGCAGGAGCAGGAGCAGGAUCAGAAGCAGCAGCAGCAGCAGCAGCAGGAAGAAGGCAGCGAGGAUGAGCAGCCCAAAGCGGGAGAGGGAGUGGUCCCGCAGUGGCAGCCCCAGAGGCCCGAAGCAGAAGACUCCCCUGUCUUAACCAAUGUAAACCGCAGCGGCGCGGGCCGCCGGACAUCAGACAGGUUCGCGGUGCCACGCAAUGAGCAGCAGCGGGAGCCGCCGCAGCAGCCACGCAACGGACAGCUGCUACAGCAAGACAACGAUGACUGGUUUGGCUACCCUACUCCGCAACAACAGCAGCAGCCCUUGCCGCCGCAGCAGCAGCUGGCGCCUCCUAACCGAAAUCCUCAUAGACGAGGGGACGGUGGGCCCCCUAAUCAAGGCGCCCCCAAUGGUGGGCAGGUGGGCACGAGGGGCGCCUCUGGAGGCCCCUUUGGGGGCCCUUCUGGAGAGCCCUUUGGAGGCCCCUCUGACGGGCCCUUUGGAGGCCCCACUGGGGGCCCUUUUGGAGGCCCCGCUGGGGGCCCCUUUGGAGGCCCCCCUUCAGGCGCACGUGGGAGCUCAUCUUUCGGCCAACGUGAAGGCCCCGCUGGAGGCCCAACUGGGAGCCCAGCUUUCGGCCAGCGAGGGGUCUCCUCUGGGGCUUCACCUCUGGGCCAGCGUGAGGGCCCCGUUGCUGGCCUACCUGGAAGCCCACCUGGACGGGCCCCUCUCGAUCAAUUUGGGGCACAGUCUGGAAGCUUACCUGAAAGCAUGGCUGGACGUUCACGUGGAGGGCAAUCUGGGGGCCCUGGAAGCCCUCCUCUAGGGUUCGGAAGAGGCCCGUCGGGGGCCAACGCCUCCAGUGUGUCUGCGCGUGUAGCUGGGGACGCACUCAGGGGCCCCGUUGGGGGUCCCCCUCCUGGCUUCCCAGGAGGGAUACCCGGGGAAGCACGUGGAGGCUCCAUUCAUGGGGGCCGCCAGGGGGGGUUUCCUGGAAGCACGCCAGGUGAAGAUCACGGGGGCCCGCCUGGGAGUCCCCUCGGGGUUGGCAGCCACCGAAGUAGAGCUGAAGGAGAAGACGAAGAAUGGUAUGAUGAGGCAGAUGCGGCCCUUCAUGGACAGAGAGACGUGGGGAGGGACGCUGUAGGCAGGCCACAGCAGCAGAUGCGGCAGCAGCAACUACAGCAGCAACUGCUUCAGCAGCAGCUGCAGCAGCAGCAACUGCAGCAGCAGCUGCUUCAGCAGUCACUGCAGCAACUGCCGCAGCAGCUACCACCGCAGAUGCUGCCUCAGCAACAAGCGAGGCAGCAGGAUCUGCCAGAGCCGCAGCAACGGCUGCACCUCCAGGCUCACCAGCUGCAGCAGACUGCAAAUCACUUGCAGCAGCAGGCUGACCAGCUGAAGCAGCAGCUGCAGCAGCCACUUCACCCGCCGCCGCCGCCCCCACAGCAGUCUCAACAACGGCAGCAGGCAGAGCACGAGCAAGAGCAGCUGGAGGCUCAGGAGGAACCACAGCAGAACCAAGACGAAGAGACAUCGGCAAAGCGGCGCAGGCGGCAGUUUUUAAGUGCUGCUUUUGCUGCAGCACAAGCAGCAGCAAACACUUUCUUUGAGGUUGCUGCUGAGUCAGGCGGUGAGGGAGAGGGACAAGGACAACGCGUGAACCUGCACCAACUAAACCACCAGGUGGAAAACAUAGUCAACGACUUCCUCAAGCCUAUGCCAACAGACGGCGGCGCCGGCGGCAGCAGCAGCAGCAGGAGCAGCAGCAACAGGAGCAGCAGCCGGAGAAGCAGCGCACCCCUGAGAGCUGCAAGUGUUGAAGAUAAGGACGGGUCCUACUUCCAGGAUGAGGAGGACCCUGAAGCGCUGAAGGAAUAUGCACAGCAUCAAAUAGACCGCGCGCAGCGGCAGCAGCGCCUGCAGGACUACCUCCGGAAUCACUUGCUGCCGCAGUACCAGCACCAGCAGGAACUGGAGCAGCAAGGCAGCGAGGAAAACACAACUGAUACAGAUCGUGCUAUCAACGCAGCAGACCACCGGAAGAAAGCCCUCGAAGGGUUGAAUGCCCGCAGGCUGCCCCUAGUAACCUCUUAG